AUGAAGGUAGGAGACCAAGAUAAAUCAUGGGCUCCACAUAUAUGCUGUAACACUUGUUCGGUUACACUGCGGGAAUGGUUAAAAAAUAAAAGAUUUUUGGCUUUUGCUGUUCCUAUGGCUUGGAGGGAACCUAAAAACCAUACAGAUGACUGUUAUUUCUGCUUGACCCCAUAUGUUAAGGCAGGUCUGUCUAUGAAAAAAUUAGGAACAGUUAACUAUCCGAAUCUUCCAUCAGCCAUUCGACCUAUUCCACAUUCAGACAGUUUACCAGUUCCUACUCCAUCACAGAGCUAUGAGAUAGAAGCAGAAAAUGAAGGCACAAAUGAAAUAGAAGAAGAAAAAGAAAGCCAGCCUUCCACAUCAAAUGAUUCUGAUUUUGUGUCAACAGAUAAUGCACCACACAGAUUGAGUCAAGCAGAAUUAAGUGACCUCGUUCGAGAUCUUGACUUGUCACAGGAAAAGGCAGAACUUCUAGGGUCUAGAUUAAAACAGUGGAAUCUUCUCCAAUCUGAUGUCAAAGUUUCCUAUUUCAGGAAACGGCAACAAAAUCUUGUUCGUUUUUUUGAGAAGAAAAAUAGCCUCGUUGUUUGCGUUGAUAUCUAUGGAUUAAUGUAUUGUCUCAAUUUGAACUAUGAUCCAACUGAAUGGAGAUUAUUCAUAGAUUCAUCAAAGCUAAGCUUGAAAGCUGUCUUACUGCACAAUGGAAAUCAUCUUCCAUCAGUUCCUAUUGGCCAUGCAGCUCACAAAAAAGAAACCUAUCGAAAUAUGAAAAUUCUUCUUAACUCAAUCAAUUACAACGAACACAAAUGGAAAAUUUGUGGUGACCUAAAAGUCAUUGCCAUACUUUUGGGAAUGCAAUUAGGCUAUACCAAAUACUGCUGUUUCUUGUGUAUGUGGGACAGUAGAGACAAAAUUUCACAUUACACAAAAAAAGACUGGCCUGCAAGAAAUCUAAACAAAGAUGAAAAAAAGGUUGUUGCUGAACCACUCAUAGAUCCAAAAGAUGUACUUCUUCCACCCUUACACAUUAAGCUGGGUUUAAUGAAAAAUUUUGUCAAAAGUAUGAACAAAGAAGAACAAGCUUUUAAGUAUUUAAGAAACAAAUUUCCAAAACUAAGUGAUGCAAAAGUUAAAGAGGGUAUUUUUGUUGGACCACAGAUACGUGAACUUGUGAAAGAUCCUGCAUUUGAUGAAGUUUUGAAGGGGCAAGAAAAAGAAGCUUGGGAAUCUCUCAAGGGAGUGAUUUGUGGAUUUUUAGGCAACAGAAGAGAUGAUAACUACAUCCAAUUGGUAACAGUACUUCUGCAAAAAUACCAUCAACUUGGUUGUAACAUGUCCUUGAAGAUUCACUUCCUCCACUCACAUUUAGACUUCUUUCCCCCUAGUUGUGGAGCUGUUAGUGAUGAACAUGGAGAAAGAUUCCACCAAGAUAUUUCUGGGUCUGAAAAAAGAUAUCAGGGUCGUUGGAAUGAAGCUAUGCUUGCAGAUUACUGUUGGUUUAUAAGAAGGGAUGCUCCAUAG